AUGGGAUUCAUCAAGGCUGUCGCGCAGCAGCUCGUCAUCACCGGCCUGCUCCUCGGCGUCGCGAAGCGAAGCGGCGUGAUAAGCGUGCAUCCCAGGUCCAUCAGUCACGAGACCGGACGGCGCGCGUUCAUGCUCUGGGUCGGGUGCUCGGACUCCAUCGUCGGCCAGGUCGACUCGCUGUGGCACGGGUUCAAGAACUCGCUCAAGUGA